AAAAUCGAUUUGUCGCGUCUGUCUACCGAGAUCGAAGUGAGAUUUUGUUGUUGGUGAUCGAUGUGGUUUUGUGAAUAAUAUACGAUUGUUCGCCAAUUAUUGUUUAGUUAAUCUUGCCACAAAAGGCAGUGUAGUGUUUUCCUUGUGGCAGCAGUACCGUUUGGAGUGCACGGAAGCAAAAUCGGCUGACCCUGAGGAUCUAACUGUACAAAGUUCCAGGUUCAACCGUUUUGCCCGGCUUCAUUAAGAUAGUACACAGUGAAAGUGACGUCCAGAGCGGCAAAGGUGACGUAAUUCGGGUUACACCUAGCAAAAAGAAAAGAAGACUAAGGUACCGAUCUAAAAAUGUCCUCCCGUAAACGGCCCCGUGAUACGACGCUUUCCGAACGCAGUGAUACCGGUGAGGUUUCUGUUGCAGUCGAUUUUGCUCCGGCUGGGGCAGAGUUUUCGAUUAACGUGCAGCGACUGCAGCAAACUUCUCAAGCAAAUGGAUCGGAUACAGCGAAUGGUGGUGGCGGUAGCACAGUGGCAGACAAACGCUUCAGUAGCAUUAGCAUCGCCGAUGAUGGUUUGGAGGUCGAUAGCGGCGACAAGUUUUGGCCACCCAAUCAAGACAGCGUGCGCAAUGGACGAAUGAAUUUUGAUUCCCAUGCAGCUACUCCAUCGAAACCGGCAUCUUUAUCCAGUAUAUCCAGUCAGUUGGGAAGUGGAAUCGAGCACAGUCCACCAGUUACAAUUUGCAAACCGGCACCAUUUUCGGACGAACUGGAUGCGGUUACCGAGCGGGAUCGGUGUGAUUACAACCAAAAGAUUACCUAUCAGAUGGCCAGAUCCGGAACUGCGCCUCGAAGGAUACGCGUGUAUGCCGACGGUAUUUACGAUCUGUUCCACCAGGGUCACGCCCGGCAGCUGAUGCAGGCCAAGAAUGUAUUUCCCAACGUGUAUCUGAUCGUUGGCGUGUGCAACGAUGAGUUAACCCACAGCCGGAAGGGUCGCACCGUCAUGGAUGACGAAGAGCGAUACGAGGCGGUGCGACACUGUCGCUACGUCGAUGAGAUCGUCCAAGACGCCCCCUGGGAGCUGGAUGACGACUUUCUCGAGAAGCACAAAAUCGAUUUCGUGGCCCACGACGAGAUCCCGUACAGUUCGGACGAUUGUAACGAUAUCUACGCCAACAUCAAGGCCCGUGGGAUGUUCGUGGCGACCGAACGCACCGAGGGCGUCAGCACCUCGGACAUUGUGGCACGGAUUGUGAAGGACUACGACAUUUACGUGCGGAGAAAUCUCGCCCGUGGGUACACAGCCAAAGAACUAAACGUAUCUUUCCUAUCGGAGAAAAAGUUCCGGUUCCAGAACAAGAUGGACGAGUUGAAGGAUAAGGUGAAAAAGGGCAAAGGCGACAUCAUCAGCAAGUGGGAGGAGAAAUCUUCGGAUAUCAUACGCACGUUCCUGCUAAUGUUUGGCAAAGACAGUAGAAUCUCAAACUUUUGGUCAGACUCGAAGCAGAGGAUAAAGUCAGCAUUAAGCCCACCAGGAAGCCCGAGCGGGGGCAGUGAUUACGACGGUGAAGAAGACGCAGAGAGUCCCGCCGACUCAGCGUUGGAUUCUCCGCCGAUGAAGCGCUCAAAUUUACUACGAUCGCGAAAUCAACUGUCUGAAACCGACGAUGAUACAAAUUAUGAUAUCGACGGUGACGAAGGAGAGGAGGACGAAGACGAGUUUGUGGAUUCGCGUUCUCAGUCCAAUUCCAGCUACAAUCUGGCAGCAAUGGUUAACGGACACAACGGACAGCAUCACUAGGAUGCUUAGGGUUCGCUUUUGAAGGUUGUUAGCUUUUUGUCUUUGUAAUGUAGAGCACAUCGAAUGAUGAGUAUGUAAGGUGUGAACAAAAUUCUGUUUUGGUACGUGGAUUGGCAAGGGGCGGCUACAGUUGGCUUUUUUUUCUUUCUGCAGUCAUUAUAAGACUGGGAAAUUUGAUUAGCAGUAUGAGUUGAAGAGUUUGCUGAAUUUGCGAAUGGAUGCAAGCGAAGGGAGAAGUAAGAGUAGCUCAUUUUCCUACACAUAUUUAUUUGAUUUUUUUAUUACAAUCUUAGAAAGAAAAUAUUAUUCGUUCUAUAACAGCUAGGGGACUGAAGUAUGAAUAGGCAAGCCAAAUAUCGACGCCUCUGCACUAUUCGCGGUUUUGUAUUGUAAAUCGUUAGCUUCAGUUACUUCCAAUUUCCUUAAGUAUUUGUGUUAAAUUGGUCUAGUAAUAAAAUUCGUCUAUCGUAGCGCUUAUUGUUCGUAUCGUUUACUUAUUUAAAGCCUUAUUUAUCUGAAAUUCGUGAUGAAACUGUUUUGCGGAUGCGGAUUCCUCCGCUUGAACCGAAAGAAUUAAAAUAAUCACCUCUAUUCUACGUUUCGAUCAGAGACAAUUUGAUAAGUAGUACAUACCAUUGCUCGGAUCGCUCUUGAACAAAAAGAAAAAUAGAGGUGAACAAACUGAGAAAAAUAUAACGGUCACUGAAAGAAAAUAUAUACCUUUUUAUCAUUUGUUAGUUUCGUAUCGUAUACCUAUUUAAAACCUUAUUUAUCGAAACAUUGUUGAUGGAACUAUUUCCGUGAUGCGGUCCUCAGCUCGAACCAGAAGAAAAAAAAAUAUAGAAAUAAAUCACUUAUCCUAUUUAAAAAACGUUUUGAUUUUUUUACUUUUAUGUAAGUUCAUUUCAUUUCGUUUACUUCAUGACACUUGACAAAAAUCAUGUAAAGUCGAUUGUUUUUACUUUGGCAAUUUUUUUCUGAACUGUGAAACCCACCUAGCGAACUUCAUUCAUUCUAUCCUAUAUAAAAUAACCGGAAAUUGCUAGGAAAUGCCAAAGUCAAGUGUUCAAAAUUUCAAGAAAAUUGAAAAAUACGUGUGAUCAAACGUUAUGUAAUACAAAGUAUAGAAUCGUCUCGACGCCCUUUGAUUUGAUUUCAGGUCCUUUGAUUAGUCAAAGGUGGGCAAAUCAAAUGGAACCACCUAAAGUUAGCAACAUUAGUGAUCAAUGACUAAGAAAUUGUUUCGCUUCAUUCCUUUUCUAAGAUUUUGUAAGGAAAGCUACAUAUUCUUAAUUCCAUUUCUCGGAUCGAUUAAUUUUUUUUUUCAACAGUCUAGGGAUGAACCUAGAUGCCAAUAAGACGUCCACGGAUAUUGCUUCUGAAUUAUUUCGUUUAAGAGCUGUACUCUAGACUUUCCGAUAAAGCUAGCGUUUGUAAUUGAUCACAUCGAAAGCAGUGGAGUGAAAUAAAAUUAUCAAGUUAACGUAAUUCAGUGCUGUUAGACAAUUUUGUAGUUUUUAAGUACCAAAGCUAACGACCGCGUAAGCGGUAAGCAAUGUAGAGGCGCUCAACGCAAAUGUUGUUUGCAAAUAAUUAUGCGCGAGGACAACAAACCAUCGGUAACUUUUUGCGACGGACUACACAUUGGCAGGAAGAAAAAAAAAAACGAUUUCGGAGCGAGACUGUCUAACGGCAGAGCCUCGCUCGCUUCGGAGACAAGGGUGGAUUGUUCACAACAAAAAAAACUUUAUUGAGAUCUUUGCAACAAUAGCAGCCUUUCUGCUGCAGAACAAUUGGAACACAAAAAAAAACAUUUGAGAUAUAAUAAACAUGUUAUAUACAGUU